AUGGCGGUGAUGUAUCGAUGAAAAAUGAUAAACAUGUUGACCCGAAUAGUAGAUCUAUUUGAUCAGUUUUUCAGGGAGCAACUAUAGUGUCCAUAUAUUCAAUCUCUAUACCGUAUAGUAAUUAAAUGUGCAUUUGCGUUUAAUUAACGAAAUCAACAAGUUGCAUUCCGAUACCUCCAUCGCAUCACAGUAUGCAAGAUGUUGAAUCAGCCUCACAGUCAAUGAUUUAGUGGAUGAAAGCUUCUGAAUAGAUAAAGUGUUAAUCAUAAAUUUGAAACAGUCAUUGUUACUAGUAUUGGGAGUUGUGGCACCUUAAGCCACCAGCAUGACUGAAAUUGAGUCCUACCAGAAUAACACUGGUGUACGGUGGGACCCAGGCCAGAUAGAGGAUGACUUUGAUGCUGCAAGUAAUUCAGCAAAGUUGUUUGAGAGGUCCAGAAUUAAAGCUCUAGCAGAUGAGAGAGAAUCUGUACAGAAGAAAACUUUCACAAAAUGGGUAAAUUCACACCUGAUCAGAACAGGCUGCAGGAUAGCAGAUCUGUACAUAGACUUGAGAGAUGGAAAGAUGCUGAUGAAAUUGCUGGAAGUACUGUCUGGAGAAAGACUGCCAAAACAAACCAAGGGAAAGAUGAGAAUUCAUUGUUUAGAAAAUGUGGACAAAGCACUACAGUUUCUGUAUGAACAGAAAGUUCACUUGGAAAAUUUAGGUGCUCAUGACAUUGUAGAUGGAAGUUCUAGAUUAACUCUAGGUUUGAUAUGGACCAUAAUUCUUAGAUUCCAGAUCCAAGACAUCACAGUAGAAGAUGCUGGAGAUACUAGUGAGACAAGGUCAGCUAAAGAUGCCUUAUUACUGUGGUGUCAAAUGAAAACUGCAGGAUAUCCCAAUGUUAAUGUCAGAAACUUCACAACAAGCUGGAGGGAUGGUUUGGCAUUCAAUGCUAUAAUCCACAAACACAGACCUGACUUAAUCCAGUAUGAAAAAUUACAGAAAUCUAAUGCCUUGUACAACCUUAACAAUGCUUUUGAAGUGGCUGAAGACAAACUUGGUCUUACAAGACUUCUUGACCCAGAAGAUAUCAAUGUUGAAUUUCCUGAUGAAAAGUCUAUUAUUACUUAUGUUGUUACAUAUUACCAUUACUUCUCAAAGAUGAAGGCUGAAUCUGUUCAAGGAAAGAGAAUAGGGAAGGUAAUCGAUAAUGCAUUGGAUUCUGACAGAUCUGUGCAAGAGUAUGAAACUUUCACCUCUGACCUCCUUGACUGGAUAGAACAGACCAUUGUUAUUCUAAAUGACAGACAGUUUGCCAAUUCUAUGUAUGGUGUUCAACAACAGUUGGCAGCAUUUAAUACCUACAGAACCAGAGAAAAACCAAAGAAGUUUGAUGAAAAAGGAAACUUGGAAAUAAUGUUGUUUACUAUCCAAAGUAAAAUGAGAGCAAACAAUCAGAAACCUUACCUUCCAAAAGAAGGUAAACUGAUCUCUGAUAUCAACAAAGCCUGGGACCGACUAGAAAAAUCAGAACAUGAAAGAGAACUGGCCUUGAGAGAAGAAUUGAUAAGACAAGAGAAAUUGGAACAGUUGGCUGCUAGAUUUGAUAGAAAAGCUGGUAUGCGUGAAACAUGGCUUAGUGAAAAUCAACGUCUGGUGUCACAAGAUAACUUUGGCUUUGAUUUGGCUGCUGUAGAGGCUGCGACAAAGAAACAUGAAGCAAUAGAGACUGACAUUUAUGCUUAUGAAGAACGUGUUCAAGCUGUUGUGUCUGUGGCUAGUGACUUACAACAAGAAACCUACCAUGAUAUUGAUAGAAUAAAUUCAAGAAAGGACAAUGUACUGAAAUUAUGGAACUACUUGAUUGAACUUCUCAAAGCCAGACGUCUUCGUCUGGAACUUUCGCUUGGCAUACAGAGAAUCUUCCAAGAAAUGUUAUAUAUUUUGGAUUGGAUGGAAGAAAUUAAGGCAAGGUUGUUAUCUGAGGACUAUGGUAAACAUUUGAUGGGUGUGGAUGAUCUGUUACAAAAACACAGUCUGAUCGAAGCUGACAUUCAUGUCUUAGGAGAGAGAGUAAAAACAGUCAACACACAAGCUGACAGAUUUGUUGAUGGUGACUUCUCAGAUGUUGGAGGCUAUCGUCCCUGUGAACAGGAAGUAAUUAAGGAACGUAUGAACACCUUAGACACUGCAUAUGAUGAAUUGAUAGCCUUAGCUGCUGAACGUAGAGCUCGCCUGGAGGAAUCAAGAAGAUUAUGGCAAUUUUAUUGGGAUAUGGAAGAUGAAGAGGGAUGGAUCAGAGAAAAGGAACAUCUUAUGUCAUCACCUGAUUUGGGUCAUGACCUCACCAGUGUUCAUCUUCUUCUCAAUAAACAUAAGGCCCUGGAAGAUGAGAUGACUGCCAGACAUACCCACUUGGAAUCUGUCUUACAAAUUGGCAACGAUCUCAUCAAUGCGGGAAAUUUCGGAGCUGAUAAGAUUCAGCAGCGUAUAGAUGAGAUCAACCAACAGUGGGAUAGUCUGAUGGAUCUAGCUGCAUUCCGAAAGAAGAGGCUUCAUGAGGCUGUCGACUUCUACCAGUUCUUCGCUGAUGCAGAUGAUGUUGAUGCCUGGAUGAUGGAUACACUAAGAUUGGUAUCCAGUGAAGAUGUUGGCAAGGAUGAAGCCAGUGUUCAGUCAUUGCUGAAGAAACAUAAGGAAGUGACGGAUGAACUAAAGAAUUAUGAAUCUACAAUACAAGCCCUACAUGAACAGGCAGCGAGUCUUGGUGAAGAGGACUUGGAGAAUCCUGAAGUACCUGCUAGAUUAAGCCAGGUUGACAAACGUUACCAAGAACUACUAGAAUUGGCCAAACUACGUAAACAGAGACUACUUGAUGCUUUGUCCUUGUACAAACUCUUCAAUGAAUCUGAUGGUGUGGAAACAUGGAUAGAUGAAAAGGAGAAAUUCUUGACCACAAUAAUUGUAACAGAUGACAUUGAGGAGCUGGCAAUAAUGAAGCAUCGCUUUGAUAGUUUCGAACAUGAGAUGAAUGCCAAUGCAUCAAAGGUUGCCGUAGUUAACCAGCUCGCUCGUCAACUUCUCCAAGUGGAACAUCCAAAUGCUGCUGAGGUUAUUGCUAAACAGAAUGAGCUUAAUGACAGUUGGAACGAGUUGAGAGAUCUUGUUGACCAGAAACGUGAAGACAUCAACUUAGCCCAUGGUCUACAGAACUUCCACAUUGAAUGUAAUGAAACUAUUAGCUGGAUCCAUGAGAAAUCUAAGGUUAUUGAGUCUACAGAUGAACUUGGAAAUGAUUUGUCUGGUGUCAUGACAUUACAGCGCCGUCUCAGUGGCAUGGAGAGAGAUUUAGCAGCCAUUCAGGCUAAGCUUGAGUCCCUUCAGAAUGAGGCUGAUAAGUUACAGGAUGAGAAACCAGAGGAAGCUCAAGCCAUCAGAGAAAAGAUUUCUGAAAUCAAUAAUGUCUGGAUGGACCUCAAGGAAAUGCUGAAAGAACGGGAUGAGAAACUUGGAGAGGCAGGUGAACUACAGCGUUUCUUGGGUAACUUGGACCAUUUCCAACAAUGGUUGUCUCGUACACAGACAACUGUGGCCUCUGAAGACAUUCCUAACAGUUUAUCUGAUGCUGAAAAACUACUGAACCAACAUCAACAGUUGAAAGAUGAAAUUGAUGCUUAUUCUCCAGAACAUGCCAAAAUGAAAGAAUUUGGUGAUAAAAUCACUGAGGGACAAGAAGAUCCACAAUAUAUGUUCCUUAGACAGAGAAUACAAGCCCUUGAUAAUGGCUGGGAAGAACUUCUACAGAUGUGGGAAAAUAGACAAAAUCUUCUGUCACAAAGUCUCAACUUACAGAUGUACUUACGUGAUGCCAAACAAGCUGAAGUCUUACUGAACCAACAAGAAAAUUUCUUGUCAAAAGAAGAAGUUCCUAAUACACUUGAAGCUGCAGAAAACCUGAUCAAACAACAUGAAGCUUUUAUCACUACUACUGAUGCUAACGAUGAGAAGAUUAAUGCAGUACUACAGUUUGCUAAUCGUCUCAUUGAGGACAAUCACUAUGCUGCUGAUAAAAUACACAAAAAAGCUGAAAACAUCAAUGAAAGACGAGAUGUUAAUAGAAAUAGAGCUGGUGAUCAGCUUGACAAAUUACGUGACCAGUUGUUGCUGCAACAGUUCUUACAAGAAUGUGAUGAGUUGAGAGACUGGUUACACGAUAAGAUGGCUGCAGCUCAGGAUGAGACAUACAGAGAUGCCAAGAAUCUACACAGUAAAUAUGUCAGACAUCAGGCCUUUGAAAAGGAAAUAGCUGCUAAUAAAGACAGGCUUAUGAGACUGAUGAAGGCUGGAGAAGAUCUGUUGCAAGAUAAACCAGAAACAAGAGAACAGAUAGAACCAAUUCUGGCCAGUCUACAAGAACAGUGGGAGGAACUUGAACGUACAACAAAGGCUAAGGGAGAGAAAUUGUUUGAUUCAAACAGAUCAGUUCUGUAUGAACAGAGUUGUGACGAUAUCGAUGGAUGGAUGGACCAGCUAGAAUCACAGAUAGUCACAGAAGAGGCAGCUAGAGAUCUAACAACAGUUAAUCUUCUCAUGCAGAAACAAAAUCUUUUGGAGUCACAGAUGAAAAUGAAAGAACAACAGGUGACCGAGUUAGAUGAGCAGGCUGUAAUACUGAGAAAGAUAGACCCUAAACAGGAAGCCAUCAUUGAAAAGAGAAAAGCUUUGGUUGCUGAAAGAUUUGCUAAGAUACAGCAGCCAUUAGUUCAACGUAGAGAGCAAUUACAGAAAGUAAAACGUAUUCAUCAGUUUAUUAGAGAUGUAGAAGAUGAAAAAUUGUGGAUCAAUGAAAAAAUGCCACAAGCCACAUCCAGCCAGUUUGGCAAUAGUUUACUUACAGUACAAAUGCAUGUGACUAAAAAUCAGAACCAAAUACCAUUGAAAGGCGACAGAAAGUCAUUACAAACAGAGAUUGAAAAUCAUGAACCUAGAAUUAAGACUGUGGUGGAUGUUGGACAAGAACUCAUUGAUGAAGGACACCCACAGUCAGAGGAAUUCAAAGCUCUUAUUGAAGACCUUUUGAACCACUGGCAAGACCUGAAGGAUGCUGUUGUUAAACGCAAUGAUAGAAUCCACUUAUCUGACAUUGCACAACAAUAUUAUUAUGAUGCAUCCGAAGCAGAAGCUUGGAUGAGUGAACAAGAACUUUACAUGAUGGGUGAUGAAAGGGCUAAGGAUGAAAUUGGUGCUCAAAACUUCAUGAAGAAACAUCAAGUUUUAGAAAAUGCUGUAGAAGAUUAUGCUGAUGUUGUCCGACAACUUGGUGAAAAGAGCAGAGCACUUAUCGAUACUGACCAUCCUGAAAGUGACCAGAUAGCAGUAAGACAGUCCCAAGUAGAUAAAUUAUAUGCUGGUUUAAAGGACUUAUCCAGAGAAAGGAAGAAUAAAUUAGGAGAAGUGUUGAAAUUAUAUGUACUGAAUAGAGAAAUUGAUGACUUAAUGCAGUGGAUAGCAGAAAGAGAAAUUGUUGCAGGAUCACAUGAAUUAGGGCAGGAUUUCGAACAUGUCACAAUGUUAAAGGAAAGAUUCAAGGAAUUUGCUCGUGAAACAGAAAGUGUAGGUUCUGAACGUGUACAAGCUGCAUAUGACAAUUGUGAUCAGUUAAUAGCUGCCGAACAUUCUGAUGCAGCUGCUAUUGCUGAGUGGAAAGACAAUUUAAAUGAAGCAUGGAAUGAUUUACUGGAAUUAAUAGAUACACGAACACAACAGUUACAGGCUUCAUGGGAAUUACAUAAAUUUUAUCACGAUUGUAAAGAUCUUUUAGAAAGAAUAUUAGAAAAACAAAAUUACAUCCCAGAUGAGUUGGGCAGAGAUGCCCAGAGUGUUGCAGCACUGCAGAGGAAACAUGCUAACUUUGAAAAUGAUUUAGUUACCUUAGGAACACAGGUGCAGUCAAUACAAGAAGAAUCGGUAAAAUUACAAACAGGUUAUGCCGGUGACAGAUGUAAGGAAAUCAACUACCGUGAAGAAGAAGUUGUGAAUGCUUGGAAAAAUCUUCAACUUAAUGUUACAUCACGCAAAAAUAAACUUGCUGAUGCUAGUGACUUGUAUAGGUUCUUUAAUCUUGUUAGAGACUUGUUAUUAUGGAUGGAAGAUAUCAUCAGACAAAUUACUACACAAGAAAAACCAAGAGAUGUGUCUGGUGUAGAAUUAUUAAUGAACAACCACCAAAGUUUAAAGGCAGAGAUCGAUGCUAGAGAAGAAAACUUUGCCAUCUGUUUGAACUUGGGCAGAGAUUUACUUGACAGAAAACAUUACAGAUCUGAUGAGGUUAGAGAAAAAUUAAUUGCAUUGACCACAAGAAGAGAGGACAUGUCUGAUAACUGGUCAGAAAGAUGGGAAUAUUUACAACUUAUUUUGGAAGUUUACCAGUUUGCCAGAGAUGCAUCAGUGGCUGAAGCAUGGUUGAUGGCACAAGAUACAUACUUAAAUAACCAAGAUCUAGGUCAAAAUCUAGAUGAAGUAGAAAUAUUGAUAAAGAAACAUGAGGCAUUUGAAAAAGCAGCAGCCACACAAGAGGAAAGGUUUAUAGCCUUAGAAAGAUUAACCACAUUUGAAAUGAAAGAGAGAGCAAAAGAAAAAGAUGACCCAGAGAAAUACAGAUUAGAAAAGGAAGAAAGAAGAAGGAAGUUGAUUGCAGAAUUUUUACCACCACCCAAACCACCAACACCAGAACCAAUAGUAGAACCUGUAGUCACUGCUCCAGUAGAAAGUGAAAUUCAAGCUGUAUCAGAUGAACAUAUUGCUAAAGCAGAUGAACUAGAUGGAGCUAAAGCUGAACCAGGGCCUUCAAGGGAGCCACCAAAACAGACCUCUACUCUACCUAGAGGGUCUACUAUUCCAAGAGAUGAAGUAGCCUUAAAUUCAGAGGCAAAGAAACCUACUGUUGUCAUAUCAGAACCGGAUAUGCCAAUGUCUAGUACCGGUGAAGACCAACCACCAGUAGAACAGAUACCAGUUACUGUUGUAUCCUCAAAUCUUCAAGGUGAACCACGUCGAGCUGGAAGGGCGAGUUCAAAAGCAAGCCCAAAACCAAGUCCUAGUAAGCCAGAGAAGAAACGAUCACGUUCCAAAUCACCAUUUGGGAAACUGUUUUCUCGUAAAAAAGAUGAACCUUUGCCAGCUUUCCUAGGACAAGAACCAUCAGCUAGUGCUAGUGAGGCUGUACACCAGGAGGGUACAUUAACCCGUAAACAUGAUUGGAUUGCAGAAGGCAAACGAUCCCAGAGCAGAUCCUGGGACAAAGUACAUGUGGUGCUACAUGGUAAUACGCUGUCCUGUUACAAAGACAAGAAAGUCGCUAAACAGGAUCCUGAAAAUAGAGUUCAUCAUGAAUCAGCAAUAGUGUUAAAUGACGCUACAUGUAAUAGGGCUAUGGAUUACACCAAACGACCAUUUGUCUUGCGUGUCCACCUUCCAAAUGGUGGAGAAUAUCUCUUCCAAGCUAAAGAUGAGGUUGAAAUGGAACAAUGGAUACAGAUGAUAAGCCAAGGAACUGGUGCAGAGGGAACUUCCAGAAUGCCAACUAAGUCUCAAACACUACCAGCUAGAAUGGAAACUGAGAAAAAAGAAGAACACAAGAAGAAAGGAAUAUUUACAUUAAAACGCAAAUAAAUUGGACAUUUUGUUAAACCGCUUUGUUAGGAAUCUCACAUCUUAAUUGUUUUUUCAUAUUUAUGUUAUAGGAGAAUUAACAGGAUCAGACCCCGGAGAGAUUGAGCCAGUAAAUUUUAAUAUGUUAUCCAAGAAUGAAAUUAAGAUUAAAUAAAUUUAAGUAAAUUUCUUUGCUCAAAUUAAAGUUCCUAUAAAUGUUUAUCUCUAUAAAUGGUGAAGUCGAUAGAUGAGAUUCCUUCCAAAGUAAUGUGGUGGCCUUGUAUGUAACGCUGAUGUGGGAUAAACAAUAUCAAAACAUAAUUUCUACAUUUUCAUGUUGACUGUUGUCUCUACAGAGUAGCUCUGUGCUUACGUUGUAUGGAAGAGUGUGUAUUUCACCCACAUCAUAAAGAUCAAAAACUUGGAAUAAAUGUGAACAAAAUUGAGAGACUUGUCAAAUCUUCAAGUGAAUAUGGGGACAAAGUGCAUUAUUUAGUUUUUGUAUAUAAAGCUUUUUUAUUUGUUUUGUAUGUAGACGAUGUAAAUUAGUGUCCACUUUUAAGUUAAACUUGUUUUUAUUGACCGUAGUGAUCCCCCAUUUUAAAGAUCCUAGAUCCAUCAUUAAACCAAUUUGUUAUGUUUUUAUUACUAUUUAAAUUUUUUAAAUCUAUUAUUUUUUUUCUGCUCUUUGCUUUAAGCCAUAAUAGAUAAUAUAUAUAAUUGUUAAACAAAUUGUUAAAUCAUUAUCAUUUAUAUGUUAUCAGCUUUCAGAUAUGAAACCAAGUGUUGUGUCCUCUCACUUGUGCAGCUAGUAUGUCACGUUGUAGUCUGCUGUUUUUUUCUUCAUUGGUGAUUUUGUUUUUCUUUAAAUAAAUUAUUUAAAAACUACUUUAUAAUUAAUUCAGCAAAAACUUAACUUUUUACAUGUAGCUGGGCAUUUAGCAAACAAUAAUUGUAGUUCUAUUAUAAUAUGAAUGUAAUUGCUAGACCCCUAUAGUGGCAUGCUAAAAUAUAACUUGUUAACUUUUGGUAGGUUGUUUUGAACAAAAAUAUUGUAAUAAGAUAAGAUUAACCGUUUUGAGGCAUUUUAUAUCUAAAUUGGUCUGUUUUACAUAACAAAAGGUUCUUUUUUUACAAAGUAAAUGUGUUCAUAUUAGGUGCACAAUACAGAAAUGUUUUUUCCCCCAAACUAAACAAGAAAUAUGUAAACAAGAUGCUUUCCUGGGAUGGGAUGGAUACAUUGCAUUAUUUAUAGUUUAAAGGUUGUAUUUGUAAUACUAAUCCUACAUCACAGAAGGAUGCCAGCUUCAUGGGGUUUUGUAUUGCUUGAAUCAUGAAAAAAUAAAAGAAUUACAAUAUA